AUGAUAGUGUGUCCGGUGACUCUUGUCAAGAACUGGGCCAGAGAGAUGAACAAAUGGCUUGGUCGUAGUCGGCUCAAUAUGUUUGUUGCCGAUGGUAAAAGUAACAUCAAGCACUUCACUUCAAGCCCUUAUUACAACAUCAUCAUCAUCGGCUACGAAAGGUUGAGAACAUUGAGUCAGGAGAUCAAUGCUGUAUAUCCCCCGAUAGGUUUGAUCAUUGCUGACGAAGGCCAUCGACUCAAAUCGAUUGAAGCCAAAACUACACAAGCCUUACGAACAUUGAAAACCCAUCGCCGGGUUGUUUUGUCUGGUACACCUAUCCAAAAUAAUUUGAAUGAAUAUUACGCAAUGGUCGAUUUUGUCAACCCUGGUAUCCUUUCUGAUUUUCAAACGUUCAAGAAAAAGUUUGAGCAGCCUAUUGCGAAGAGUCGCGAGCCCGGUUCAACCCCAUCCCAAAAAGCAUUGGGCCGAUCAAGGGCUGACGAAUUGGCUGAAUUGAGCGAUAGUUAUGUCUUGCGGAGGGGUUCCGAUGUGAUUGCUCACCACCUUCCGCCUCGACAUGAUUAUUGCUUGUUCAUAGACUUGGCGGCCGCUCAAAAGAAAAUUUAUGCGGCCACAUUGGCAUCUCCGGAAAUCCGGGCAGUUUUCUCUGGAGAGAGUAGUCAGCAGCUUGUGUUGAUCAACACGCUGAAGAAGCUUUGCAAUUCUGCCGGGUUACUCAUAAAUGAGACUUCAAUUCAAAACUUGGCGAAAAAUGCUUCUACCUUGUUUCCGGCAUGGGUCACACGCAAUGACAUCAAACUAUCAGGGAAAAUGAUCGCCUUGGCAAGCUUUCUCAAAAUUCUACACGCAAAGACCGAUGAGAAAAUUAUCUUAGUUUCGAAUUUCACGUCGACCCUCGAUGUGAUUGAAGCACACUGUCGAUCGCAAAAUUAUUCUCUUUGUCGGUUGGAUGGAAAGACACCCCAAACCAAGAGGGACGACAUUGUACAGACUUUCAAUCGUAUGACGGCACGGUCUCAAUUUGUCUUUUUGUUGAGCAGCAAAUCUGGAGGGGUAGGACUGAAUUUGAUCGGGGCAUCACGCUUAAUACUUUUUGAUAGCGAUUGGAACCCCGCAACCGAUUUGCAGGCAAUGGCUCGGAUUUGGAGACAAGGGCAGAAGAAGGCUUGUCAUAUCUAUCGUUUCCUUGCAACUGGUACCAUUGAUGAGUGUAUCUUCCAGCGACAAGUUACAAAAACUGGUCUCGCUACAGAUCUAAUUAAAGAUGCCGGUGUGAGCCGCGAAGUUCUUGAUCGGGGGAAUACCUUCACUUCGGACGAAUUGAAGCGAUUAUUUGAACUUCACACUGGAACUCCUUGCCAUACGCACGACUUAUUGGGAUGUAGAUGCUUCGAGACCAAAGCAAGCGACGAAGUAGCCGAAGACGCUGUCGGUCAAGAAAGUGAUACAGAUUCCCUUCCUGAGGCCUCACAAUUGUUUCAGCUUGCCACGCAAUACAAGCCAUCAAAUGUUCAAAAAGAACCCAAAAAACUGGCCGAGUUGGAGACGUGGGAUCAUAUUAAUACCUCCUUGAGUGAUUCACUUGAGGAACUAAAUGAUAGCAUAUUGUAUGACACCAUAGUGGAUCUCAAAUCCCAACUGCUCGAGUCAGAUGAUGAGGAAGAUUCACAUGAACAUGUCGCGACCACGAAGGGUGGGGAGAUUACAUUUGUUUUCCAUAAAACUAAUACGAUCUUAGGUAGUACAGAGAAUUCAGAUGUCGAAGUACAGGGUGUAUAG